CGAUUCAAAGCGACGAUUGGUUCGCGAUUCGAACAGCACUACUUCGGGCUUCCGUAGCCGAAAUGAUCCUUACUACACUUUCUUCCAGGCGUUUGUCGUUCAAUUCAUUUCCUUUCCCAAACAAACGCAUAUUUUAAGGCGAGCCGGGCGUAACUACACCCGGAAGAAAGGAGCAAAGGAGUAGAACACGGCCGUUCAGCUUGAGUGGAUCCGCUGCUAGGGACAUCGUGAACGGUCAUGGAUGAUAGCUAGCACGGACGAGCGAAUAUCGCUGUGUUUGGAGUGUGUUUGUGCUAAAACAGCGCUAACGUGAUGCGAACAGCUCAGCACAAUUGUGUCGAAGUUGGAAAUACGGAAAUAACAGCCACCCAUGGCCCACACGAUCAUCAGUUAACUGGAAGCACCGAGGUUUAGAACGAUAUUAAAGUAUGCGGCUGUCAGAAGCGGUUCAUAUUUAGGGCGUGCGUCCACAGCAGGAUGUCCGAGGGAUUUGUGAGCUGAGAUUAAAACACAGACAUGCAUAACGAGCAGAAGUCCGCGUGUAGAUGUUAAGUCCUCGGACCGAUCAAAGCUCGUGAUGUCCGGCGAAAGCAGCGGCGAGGACUCGGACCGACACCUCGAGCGCACCGUCAAACACCAGAUCACCAGCGCAAACCUCACGGGAUACACUGAGAAAGUCGGCAUGGAGAACUUCGAGCUUCUGAAAGUGCUGGGCACUGGAGCUUACGGGAAAGUGUUCCUGGUCAGAAAAAUCAGCGGACAUGAUAAAGGCAAACUCUAUGCCAUGAAGGUUUUGAAGAAAGCAGCCAUCGUUCAGAAGGCAAAGACGGCUGAGCACACUAGAACAGAGCGGCAGGUAUUGGAACACAUCCGCCAGUCUCCCUUCCUGGUCACCCUUCACUACGCCUUUCAGACGCAAACCAAACUGCAUCUCAUACUAGACUAUGUGAGCGGAGGAGAGAUGUUUACUCACCUGUACCAGAGAGACCACUUCUCCGAGGAUGAGGUCAGGAUCUACGUGGGAGAAAUCAUUCUGGCCCUGGAGCACCUGCACAAGCUUGGCAUCGUGUACCGGGACAUUAAGCUGGAGAACAUCUUAUUGGACAGUGAUGGUCAUGUGGUUCUGACAGACUUUGGGCUGAGUAAGGAGUUUCUGGAAGAGGAGAAAGAGAGGACGUACUCAUUCUGUGGCACUAUAGAGUACAUGGCUCCAGAGAUCAUCCGAGGGAAAGCUGGCCAUGGCAAGGUGGUGGACUGGUGGAGUUUGGGGAUUCUGAUGUUUGAGCUGCUGACGGGAGCGUCUCCGUUCACUCUGGAGGGAGAGAGAAAUUCCCAGAGCGAGGUGUCCAAACGCAUCCUGCGCUGUGAGCCUCCAUUCCCCUCCAUCAUCGGACGCUUGGCUCAGGAUCUCCUGCGAAGGUUACUGGUGAAAGACCCCCAUAAGAGGCUGGGCUCUGGACCCCGAGGAGCCGAGGAGAUCAAGUCUCAUGCUUUCUUCAGGGGUCUAAACUGGUCCGACUUGGCAGAGAAAAAGGUUCAGAGUCCAUUCCGACCUGAGCUACGUAAUGAGUUGGAUGUGGGUAACUUUGCGGAGGAGUUUACAGGAAUGGAGCCGGUUUAUUCCCCUGCCAGCACUCCGCCCAGUACAGACCGUCUGUUUCAGGGCUACUCUUUUGUGGCUCCUUCUAUCUUGUUCAAUAAGAACGUGGUGAUGGCGGAUGUUCUGGACACUCAUGUGAAUGUUGACAGGCCCGGUUCUGCUACAGUCCAGCGCAGUGCUAUGCUAAAGGAAUCUCAGUUCUUCCAGCACUAUGAGCUGUGCCUGCAGGGGGCUCCACUGGGCGAGGGGAGCUUCUCUAUCUGCAGAAAGUGCAGACACAGGCAGAGCGGACAGGAGUACGCUGUAAAAAUCAUCAGCAGAAGGAUGGAGGCCAUGACUCAGAAAGAGAUCGCAGCACUACGCCAGUGUGAAUCUCACCCCAACAUCGUCACGCUCCACGAGGUCUAUACCGAUCAGUAUCAUACGUAUCUGGUCAUGGAGCUGUUGCGUGGUGGAGAGCUGUUGGAGCGAAUAAGGAAGAAGAAGGUGUUUGCAGAAUGGGAGGCCAGUCAGCUGAUGAAGAGCCUGGUGUCUGCGGUCAGCUUCAUGCAUGAGGCCGGAGUCGUGCACCGAGACCUCAAACCUGAGAACGUGCUGUUUGCUGACGAGGCGGAUGACUCGGUGUUGAAGGUGAUUGAUCUGGGGUUCGCGCGGUUGUUUCCGAGCGGCAGUGCGCCCCUGCAGACCCCCUGCUUCACCCUGCAGUACGCCGCGCCGGAGCUCUUCCACAGCUCGGGAUACGACCAGGCCUGCGACCUCUGGAGCCUCGGGGUCAUUCUGUACACCAUGCUCUCUGGCCAAGUUCCGUUCCAGAGUGAGAAAAAAGGAAUGACAUCAUCGCACGCAGCUGACAUCAUGCACAAGAUCAAAGAGGGAGAUUUCUCAUUGGACGGGGAAGCCUGGAGGGGCGUGUCUGAAGAGGCCAAAGAUUUAGUGAGAGGUCUGUUAACCGUAGAUCCUGAGCGCCGGCUGAAGCUCUCGGCUCUGAAGGAGAACGCCUGGCUUCAGGGCGGUGGUGUCAUGUCCUCCACCCCUCUAUGCACCCCUGAUGUCCUGGAGUCCACCGGCCCCACCGUCAGGACCUAUGUCAAUGCCACCUACAAGGCAUUUAACCGGGGGAAGCGCGAGGGGUUUUUCCUCAAAAGCGUCGACAAUGCACCGCUAGCGAAACGCCGCAAGAUGAAGAUGUCCAGUACUGGUGUGGAGACCAGACGCAGCUCCUCCUCCUCCUCCUCCUCAUCCUCCUCUUCCUCAUCCGCUUCCCAUUCAGAGACGCAGAAUCGCCAGUCUGUGAAGCCCCACGAGGAGCCCAAACUGUCCGACUGAGAGAACGCAUUACAGAAGCAUCACGGACCGCGCAACAAAUUCAGCAUUUACUGAAGUCUCUCAACAGGAUCAACAGUCUGUCUGUGUGCUUUCAAGUCGUUUUUAAACACCGUGCCAAGGAAGUGAUCGACAUCAUAACAGAGACUCCUUAGAAAGCCAUAUGUGAGCGUUAGAGUGCACUUCUAUUUUAAUGAUCCACGGAGCCAAGCUUUAUGUGAAACCUGUACAUAUCACUACUUUCAGAGCUUUUCUCGAUGUUUGCAUGGCUAUGGUGUUUUGAAUGUUUUACAUUUUUUAAAAGUUGAAGUCAGACCACACAGAGUCGUCACAAUGCAGAAACUGAUCCUAUUCACACUUUUGAGUCAAUCUCGCAAAGAAAUGUCAAUGAUAUUUUAUAUUUAUGACCCUAGAGCACAAAACCAGUCAUAAGGGUACA